AUGUCAUACGAACAGGUAUUAAACUUGCUAAAAGUUCCUCUAGUUUUGGAAAAAUUCAUGAUUUUUGGUUGUUUGGUAUGUCUCAAUUCAUUUUUAACGUUGUUUACUUUGGUACCACUUAAGAUUUGCAUUAUGGUUUAUAGACUGGUUAGGAAAUUUAUAAUUCAUUACAGAUCACUGGGACAGUUAAGCUAUUCAAUAAUUUCAGAUGGCUUACGUUUUGUGAAGCGUGACUUGAUUACUAUUUCCCUAAUCAUAUCAACUGUGCUUAUACUAUCAUUACCAAAUUUAGAUAUCUCAAGAAUGUAUCACGACGUUAGAGGACAGGCCCAUAUCAAACUUUAUGUCAUGUUUGGUGUUCUAGAAGUGGGUGAUAAAUUAUGCUCUUCGAUCGGUCAAGACAUCUUCAAUAUUUUAUAUGGAAUUCCCUUAUUAGCAUUCAAAGAUAUUUCAACUGACAGUAAUCGGGUAAACCAACUCAAACUUACUAUAUUUUAUUUUCUUGCAUUAGCAUAUUUAUCUUUCCAUUCUUAUAUAUGCAUUUAUCAAACUGUUUCACUAAAUGUUGCUGCAAAUUCUUAUUCUAAUGCCUUACUUGCUCUUUUACUCUCUAAUCAAUUUGCAGAAUUGAAAUCUUCCGUUUUCAAAAAAUUUGAACGUGAAGGCUUAUUUCAAAUUACUAUGGCUGAUUUGACUGAAAGAUUUCAAUUGACUUUGAUGCUUGGUGUUAUUGCUUUGCGAAACUUAUUACAAUUAAACACUACUCACCUUGGUUUGAUACCUAAUAGUUGGACUAGUUGGAAUAAAUGGAUCGGUGCUAUAUUUGGACCAAGUAUCGUCGUAUUAGGUAGUGAAAUUUUGGUUGAUUGGUUAAAACAUUGUUACAUUACCAAAUUUAAUAGGGUGAGACCUAGGAUUUACAGAAAUUUUUUAUUUGUUUUAACUUUAGAUUAUCUUGAAGUUUUUAAGGGUCCUUCCAAUGCAAAUUUAUCGAAUGAACUAUCUGACUAUAUUGUGUUAACCAAAAGAAUUGGUAUACCCUUGUUAGCAUAUAUUGUCUGUUUUCUCAGAAUGACAUUACCUGAUUUGAAAUCUUUAUUCAUUUACAGAGACUCUUCGAUUACUUAUUCAAUAGUUGUUACAUUCAGUCUUUUCUCAAUAUCAUUCUUCACAUUAUUAUUCAUUCGUUUGAUGCUCGGGUUAGCUUUAUUAAAAUGGGCCAAUCGUAUAAAACACAACCAUCAAGCAUACCAAGCACAUUUGAAAUCUCAGCAACAAUAUACUGUUCAGCAAGAAAGUGUGCUCUCCCCUACUGAUAAUCCACACUUAUAUACUCCAGGAAGACAGAUUGCGGAUAGUGUAACACCUAACCAAUCAUCGGUGGCAUCGAAGGACUCGAACGUCGACGAAAUAGGUGUUUUCAAGUCGUCCACAAAUGCUCUAAGACCGCCCCGAACUUCUACCGGAGCAUCCUCUCAGCCUAAACCAAGUGUGUCAGCAUCCCCCAAAACUGCAGCAAAAUCGCCAUCAUUUCUGAGUCAUGGAUUAUCACUACUCGAUUUGAAUCUUCCAUCGCGUACUCCGUCACCGAUUGAUCCGUUAUUGGUUGCGGGAAAUAACACGAUGGAUGAGUCUGCUGUUAUUGACGAAGAUCCACUAUCAACAAAUUCAACAAGUCAACAAAUGCAAGAGGGUGUUGAUUUGUCCUUUAGAUCCCAAAUUGAUAUGUCAUUUUUACCUGGAGUCCCAAACACAGAACCUUCAACUAUAAACCCAACUACUAGGUCAUAUUUAUAUGACUUUGGAGAAAAGGUCCCACCAACCGUUGAAGAACGACGUAAUAGACAGUUAAUGAAAGUGCUGAAAAAUCAGGAUAGACUGAUGGAGCUGAGUAGUGAUGAUGAGGUAUUGGGGAAAGUGAGGCGAUACGAAAUGUCUAGUAAAAGAAUAUGGUGA